UGUGUUUUUUGGGGAAAAGUAAUUAUAUUUUAGAAGAAAUUUAGGCAUUUUCCUUUGUCCCUAUGUAUAAUUCAACUCCGUCACGCAACCGCCUCCGCCCCCUAUUUGUAUACAUAAAUGGUUUGACCCUGUGACAUCAUUUAAGGAAGUAGAUUUAGCAGAGUCUCCAGAACAGCAUGGUGCAACCAGUGGAGUUGGAGAAACAGUAUUCACCCAGCCAGUGGUCCCACAGGAUGUCCGCCGAUGAUGUGAUAAAAGCCCACGUGGCUGUGCUGAAAUCAGGUACAGAGAAGGCUCGGGCUGUUACUCAGAACAUUCUGGAUGUUCCUUAUGGAGAGAGAGAUGACGAGAAACUGGACGUGUACAUGCCCGUCAGCUCCUCCCCAGAUGUGCCUCUAGUUAUCUACCUCCAUGGUGGUUACUGGCAGUUCUUGAGCAAGGAGGAGUCCGGUUUCAUGGCUGUACCACUGACCCAGAGGGGUGUUGUGGUGGUCGCUGUUGAUUACAGCAUUGCCCCGAAAGGUCAUAUGGAUCUGAUGGUAUCUCAGGUGCGCAAGAGUUUGGUGGCUGUCAUUCAGCAGUAUUCACACAUCAGUGAGCUGUACUUGUGUGGUCAUUCUGCAGGUGCACACCUGGUAGCCAUGAUUCUCUCUACUGAUUGGUCCAAGUACAGUGUAUCACCUCAAAUCAAAGGAGCGUUCCUUGUUAGCGGCAUUUAUGACCUGCUGCCCAUUCUGCCCACCUAUUUGAACAACCCACUGAAGAUGACCAAGGAGGUGGCUAUUAAGAACAGCCCCAUUCAGUUAGUGUCUCAACUCAAAACGUUCUCAUCGGGCUGUGACAUUAUUGUGGCCAUUGCACAGAACGACUCCCCUGAGUUCCGGAAGCAGUCAUAUGAUUACUUCAAGGCUUUGCAAGCUGCUGGACUGAAAGUUACUUUUGAAGACAUACCUGACACGGAUCAUUUCAACAUCAUCGAACAGCUUGUUGAUGAAAAUUACUACCUGACACAGCUCCUACUGAAGAUGAUGGGCAAAAGCUGAGGAGAUGCUAUUAGUCAUCAAAAUCUUCCAUGAUGUACCUUUCUACCCUGCUAUUUGGUCUUUAUGUGCUAUAUAAACAGGAACCUUCUUAUUACGAUGCCUGGUCAGUUUAAAGGUUCUGACUGCAAAGUUGAAUUCUGGGUAAAAUGUUCUAUUUCUGUUGCUGUUGGAGUUUUGAGAUGUUUUGCUGCUGUACACACCGUGUAUCCUGUGUGUGAACGUUUUGCCGAGAUAAAACAUGCCCUGCAUUUUACAAUUCCGGAGAUUGCCGAAGCAAGUGAGCAACAAUAUCACGCAACCACCAUGGGGCAUUUGACCUACUUUUUACUAAAAUAAGUCAGCAUGGGCAAACAUGGCGGACUCCACUCCCGCCAACUAAAAGCCAGCAGAAAAAGAAAGCCUGCCUAGUGAGUGCAACUGCAAGAUAGAGCAAGGUUAGAUGACGUCAUUUUUCUGGACAGAUAACUAAAUCAUUCUAGCUAGUGCUUAGCUAUCUUAGCCUUAGAAUGCAUGAGCUUGACUCCACAG